GUCAGAUUGUCAUGCAUUUGGAAGGGUUAACACCAGCUUGUCUGUCCUGACCAAUCAGCUCCAGGCAAAGCCAGCUAUAAUAUAGCACUAAAGGCAGCCUGCACUCACUGUCUCUACAGCACUGCCUGUUCUUAUUCCAAUCAAACCCUUUUUUUCUUUUUUUUUUUCUUUUUUUUUUUCUUUUUGUUUCUGCUUCUGAUUUCUCUUUCAGGUCUAAACUGCAAUGUGUUCCAUUAUGAAGGACCUUUACUUUGCUAUUUCAGCACCUUGGUGGCAAUCGGUGGAUAGUCAAUGAAGCUAGCUGCUAAGGCAAGGAGAUACAGUAGCAACUGGGAGCUACCUACAGAGGAUCUUGGAGAUUCCCAAGUUGAGCUGUAAAAAAAGUCUUUGGAUUCAGUGGAUGAAAUGUUGAUGCUGACACGAAUUCUCCUGGUGGGAUUUAUCAUUCACUUGGUGGUCCAUCCUGGACUGUCCUGUGGACCAGGUAGAGGCGUUGGUAAAAGAAGACACCCCAAAAAACUAACCCCAUUGGCUUACAAGCAGUUUAUUCCCAAUGUGGGCGAGAAGACUUUAGGGGCAAGUGGAAGAUAUGAAGGCAAGAUCACAAAGAACUCUGACAGGUACAAAGAGUUAACCCCAAAUUACAACCCUGACAUCAUUUUUAAGGACGAGGAGAACACAGGAGCAGACAGACUGAUGACCCAGAGGUGCAAAGACAAGCUCAAUGCCCUGGCUAUCUCUGUAAUGAAUCAGUGGCCAGGGGUGAAAUUGCGAGUGACUGAGGGCUGGGAUGAAGAUGGCCACCAUUCAGAGGAGUCCCUGCACUACGAAGGUCGAGCAGUGGACAUCACUACAUCGGACAGAGAGCGUAGUAAAUACGGCAUGCUGGCCAGGCUGGCGGUAGAGGCUGGGUUCGACUGGGUAUUCUUCGAAUCCAAAGCCCAUAUUCACUGUUCUGUAAAAGCAGAGAACUCGGUGGCUGCAAAGUCAGGAGGCUGUUUUCCAGGGUCUGCCACUGUGACCUUGGAAGAUGGAUCCAUCAAGUCGAUGAAGGACCUCAGACCAGGAGAUCGGGUGCUUGCAUCGGAUGGUCAGGGCGGGCUGGUGUACAGCGACCUCCUGAUGUUCAUAGAUAGGCAGGAAGGAGCGAGGAAGGUCUUUUAUGUCAUAGAGACAUCUCAGCCUGGAACCAGCAUCAGGUUGACAGCAGCUCACCUCCUCUUUGUGUCUCGUCAAUCCAAUGCCAGCAGGUCCUUCAAGUCUGUCUUUGCCAGUGAGGUCCGGCCAGGAGACUGGGUGUAUCUAGCAGAUGAAAAGGCUGGGGGUUUCAAGGAGGUGGAGGUGGAAAGAAUACGCCUUGAAGAGGAUGUUGGAGCUUAUGCCCCCAUGACUGCUCAAGGGACAUUGGUGGUAAAUGGGGUACUCGCCUCCUGCUAUGCAGUGGUUGAAGAACAUAGCUGGGCACACAUGGCAUUUGCCCCAUUGAGGUUAGGUUUGAACCUUCUGUCCCUCUUUUCCCCCAGAAACUCCACCCUUCUACCAGGGUCUCCUACAUACUUCCAGGCUGAAGGCAUUCAUUGGUACUCCCAAAUCCUUUAUCAAAUAGGGACUUGGGUUUUGGACAAAGACUAUAUUCACCCUUUGGGAAUGGCAGAAAAGUCCAGUUGAAGCAACUUCCAUUUCAUUACAUUGACAGAGACAUUCUUUUUAAGUAGGACAGCCCAAAGUAGACACUAUGGAAUCAGAGACACCCCUUUGGCCCAUUUUCAGCUUUUUUUUUAUAUCAGUGUAUUUUUCAUUCAUAUUUUUGUUAUGUUUUCUCGGUUUUCAUCUUCUAAUGAAUAUUUAUUUUUUUUGUUAUUGGAACAGAUGUUUAAUAUGAAUGGGACAUUUAAAAAAAAGCCUUAAAUAUUUCUUUGAUAAAUUAUUUGUCAAUCUAAAAAAAUAUAUCUAGCCUCCCUUGAAAAGCAAAAAUGCUUUAGGAACCCAGUCUAUGACAGCAAAAUCUAUUUUUAUACAAGUCCCAUAUUAUCCUGAUCUUCGCGAUUAAAGAAUAUAUGCAUUGAGAGACAAAGAGACAGGCACAUAUAGACAAAGCCACCAACACAGGAGCUUACACUCAACAUAGGAACCCACAAUACAAUAAAAAGACACAAAGAUCCACAGACACACAACAAAAAGACACCUACAAACAAACAUGCACCCACUCUGCCCCCCUAAUUUAAUUGCCCCUUCUCACCAACAAGACAGACCUUACACUAAAGGUGUCUUCAGUGGUCCUAAGGAGUCCUCACUAUCAGUACAAGCGUUUGAACAAGUGUGAACUGGUCUCAGCUGGGAUCAAUAAAUUAUAUUUUUAUAUACAAACUUGUAAAUUAGAUUUUUGCAGAGAUCAAUACUUACUAAAUUACAUUUCGUUUUUGGAAAUAGUGUACAAUAUGAGAAUAUAUUAUUUUAAUUUAAAUAGUUUGACAACUUAACGUUAUGGCUUAUAUUAUGUUUUGAUUUUAUGUUUAAUAUUUUGUUUGCAAAAAAAAAAAAAAGAAAAAAAAGUAAAAAAAAAUAUGCAGUCAGUCACAUUCAUGUAAUUUUGGACUGUUACACCUUUUUUUUUGUUUUUGUUCAACAAUAGGAAUCUUGUCAUUGCUAACUUCAAAGAGUUUACUAGAAAAUUUAAUAUUUUUAUUAAUGACAGAAAAAAAAAAUUACUGUGCACAUCACUUAGACUUCCAGAGAUUGAAGACUGUUUGUACAGAAUAAGGGAAAUUUGCAUUAAUAAACUGAAAAACAUAACUCCUGUGCAUUUACUAAAAUGUAUUUUUUUGAAUACUUUGUAACAGCUUUAAUAGUUUUAUAGAAAUAAAAUGUGCCAUGCACAGCUUGCUCCAUACUUCAAACUGAAA